AUGCAAUCUAGUCAGGUUUCUUGGUUUGUGGUGAGGCUGCUUGUAUUGCUCUCUUGUCUAUUUAAAGUAUUCUCCAUUCACAGCGGACACAACACAUAUUUAUUUAUUCAACAAUGCUUAAGCAUUCGUAGCCAUCUUUUCUUUUUCUUUCAGCUUCCUGACCAUUUCCUGCCUGUAGACCUACAUUCCUUCUACUGCUUGCGGUUCUUUCGUAUUAUUUGGUCGAUAUAUAUUCACUUCUUUUUUCUUCUCUUCGGCAUCAUUUUUUGUUCCUCGAAUGAAACCCUCGACUACCCAGAGAGUAAUCCUUUUUUUCUUUCCAAUUUGUUGUCCAGAGAAGGCUGCCAGACUCUCUCUCUCUCUCUCUCUCUCUCUCUUUCUCUCUCUCUCUUUCUAUGUGCAAACGUAUCUCGAUCCUGCAUGAGUCUCCAUAAUUAUUUGAGAGGCUUGCAACGAACGCGGAAUACUCUACGGAAUUUUCCUUCUCCGAAUACAGUCGUCAUUUCCGACAUAGUAUUGGCACAUUCCCCUGUUUAUCUAUCUAUCUAUCUAUCUAUCUAUCUGUUUGUCACCCAUCGCAGAUAUCCUUUUAAGCAAUGGAUAAAUAUCUCCUCUUUCUAUUUUCUUCUCCUUUUUUUUCUUUCUUUCGUGCAUUCUUUCUUUUUUUCUUUCUUUCCCUUUCAUCAUAUUUUUCUUUCUGACAUUUUUUGCUCUUUUAUACCGCAUAUUCCUUUCUCUCUUUCUCUCUUUCUCUCCUCUCUAUAUGUCCCCCUCCUUUCCCCUCCAUUUCUUCAUUCAUACAAUACAGACUAA